AUGUCGUCACCCACUUCAGAAAACCCCAUGAGCAUCAUUCCGACAACAGAAAAUGAAAAGCCGGGAGAUAUUAUUCUGCAGCCUGCGCUUGAAGCUGGUGAGGAAAUGAGUGGAGUCGAGAUGUUAGUCGUGGACGAAGCAACCCUCCAGCAAAAAGAAGGCGGAAUUAUGGGUGAAAAGGAUACCUCAAUUGUAGCCGACACAGCGCAGCAGGUAGAGAGUGAUGAUAGUGCGGAUGGAGCAUCAAAACAGAGCGAGCUGGGGAACAUUUCCCCAAAUCCAGAGUCAGCAGUCAGUGGAGACACGGAGGAAGGUGGAACGAUGACUGAAGUUAAUGUAGCGCACUUAGAUGUCGUGUUGGAGGUUGAUGGUAGUAUUAUGGAUGGAGGUGAAAAAUCAGUAGAUACUGACGCAUUCACCGAGCAAGAACCACGUAGAGUAGUUUGUGGAAGUGAGAUGCUGGAAGGAACGCUUGAAGGUGCUGUCCCGAGCUUGGAGGGAGAAAGGACAGUAUUCGAAGCCAAUGCGAUGGCCAAACUGGAAGAGGGUCAAACUAUGGGAGGAUGCGGAACUUUGGAAACGCUGUCGCCAGAAGUAAGAAGGAUGAUCUGGAAGCUGUUACUUUCCAAUCCAAAACUCGGCAAAGUCCAACCAGGUUAUGAAGGCGAAAUUUCUAGAGAAGUUUACGAUCUAUGGCCCAGAGCUUUACAAACUUGCCGGCAGAUUUAUGCCGAAGCCUCAGAGGUUCUGUACGGUUCCAAUACUUUCUUCUUCGUUUGUGUGAGCGGGAGUAAAGUGGACUAUGGUCACGAUCUUUGCCAGCGAUGUUCAAUCACCAGAUACGGCAUCAACUCUCGAAAUUCAAAAACCCUGAAGGUGUGGUCUAGAUGGAUUGAAUCUAUGCAAAAGGUCAGGAGGUGGAGAGUAAUAAUCGGUGGCAUUGAGCUCGCAACGAGUUGGGGGAAAUGGAAUCUCGCCUUUUUGCAGAGAGAUCUGCAAUGCUUCAUUACCACCAAUCUCUUUAGAAAUACUCAUCAUGUCAGAGGAGGGAACAGGAGGGAACAGGAGCAAUACCUGCAAUACCUGUUCCUGCAUAUAAAAUCAGCGAGGGGAUCUGGAAAUCUUUGCUAGAGAUAGUCCAAGCACUGCGUAUCUUGAGAAACAUCGGUGCAUCAAGAUUCAGCAAUGCAAAAGCUGCUGACUGCCCUGAGUUCCAUAUAUGCCACGAAUAUGAAAUAAAAUACCGCGUUAUGGACGAUACCUUGAAAACCGACCUUUACAAUCCAAUUCCUUUAUCUUUGCAAGCCGAACUCAGAUCUCUAGUAACCGAAACUCUCCAGUUGAAUUGUUAUGCAAUAUGAAUCAGUGCCUGCUGAAUUAUGCUCAAACAUACGAACGCUACAAACCUUACAGAGACGGCAUGGGUAUAAAUCGGACCAGGUAUGAAGAAACCCUACACCGUCUCUCUCUAUUUAAUAGAUAUUUCCCAAGAGAGACUUAUGACAAAAAUCGGCUGCCGAGAGAAUUUUGGUUGAGCCCAUGUUGGUCUUACCAUGAUUCCUCUGGUCGUCAUGAAGCACAUCCUGUUGAAAGCGGACUGGGCGACUGCAACCAAGCGGUCGAUGACAAUGAUGCCACCGCUUUCAAAGCAAAACGUCGUCUUGUUUUGCAAUAUCUAGAACGCCAGUACCGACGUGUCGUAAAGGCAUCGAGAGAUGUACAUCGAUUCAUUUACAUACAAAAAGUCUCCUAUGGUCUACUCGAUAUAAAUAGGGAGAUGAAGUUUAUUGAAUCUUCGCCCGAGCGAAAUCACGAUCGAAAGUAUAGGGACACCAUGAUCGAGCGAUAUGCAGCAAAAGGCUGUGUGCUACUUGAAGCUUAG